AUGCCUCCCGUCCGUUUGUUACAGUAUAACAGUGGCUGGCAGUCUCAGCCCCACAUACUUCCUGGAUCGUUCAGAGGACCGUCCCCAGGGAACGUCAAGAAGCACUCUACCCCUACAACAAGCCUGAAAAGUCGAGCUACCGUUGUUGGGGAGCCAGCUUCAAACCUUGAAGUAUCAAAUGAACACCAGGCAAUACCAGAAUUGCUGAAGCCAAAUAACAUCGAAAAUGUGGAAUCAGGCAUUCAGGAUCCCAGGAAUGUCAAAAAGCACUUGACACCUGCAACAAGUGUUGCGAAAAGUCCAGCUAGCGCCGUUGUUUUAGAGUCAGCUUCGAGUUUGGGAGUAACAAACGAACCCCACUCAAUACUAAAGUUGCUGAAACCAGGAAAUAUCGAAGAUGUGGAAUCAAACACACAGGAUCCUGGCUUGCGCCAAUUGAUUAUCAGCAGACUUUGGAACGGUGACGAUGGGCCCGAAGUUGAGGUAUUCUCGAACGUUUCAGAAGAAGAUUAUCAAUAUGUUUUGAAUGCUAUUGGAUCUGACCACAAACUGGUUCGCAAACCGUCACACAUCCCCAGCCUUCGCCAAAUCGUCGCCACCCUGCCCUCCGCAAUACACGAGGCGAUCCUAGUGCCUUUGCGCACUGCGAUGGGGAUCGUUAUUGAUUCUUUCGUCAUUCCUGACGAUUUCGAGGUCUCUCUGCCUAUCCACAUGGGGCAUAUGCUAGACGCGCCCGCUACCGCAGAACUCCCUUCCAGUGAUCAGAAGUACCACCUUGGCAUACCAGACUUGGUAUUGAUGUUUCAGACGCGCGAUGCUGAAAUCCGUCCCUACUGGCCAUUCGAGGUGUCUGUUUCUCAGACAUCUGAAGGCGCCAUCACGCAGUUGCAAAAAUUCGCCGAUCGGAACCCGCACGUCUUAGCCGCCACCCACAUCAACAUCGUUGAAGCACGGAAACACACCUCACCCACAUAUGAAUGGGGUAUCGAGAACGAGCUCGAUCGGAGGGGCGUCCAGAUCGGAGAGUUGACACGGUCGGAAAAUGGUGGGUUCGCGUCGCAGUCUCAUACGUGGUUUCACCCUGUAACAAUCACUGUAACCACGUGGAUUCGCCCUGCUAAGAGACGAUUGAGCCUGAAAUCGCGUCAUCCUAAUUAUCAUGCGACCGCUGUACUCUACCCGGACCGAGACGAGGAGGGCCUGGAGAAAGUUCAACGGAUGUUCCAACGCACCCUUGAGAGAGUCCGUGACACAGUUUCCGAACACCUACGCACUGAGCAUGCGCAUGACGAUACGCUCCUCGACUCACUCCAGGUUGUCAAGGAAUGGUCUCCACCAAAUGAGGUAGUUAACUGGAAGAAAUGCACCACACAACUGCGGGCAGCAGUGAAGCAGACGGGGUUCGACCGAUACCGCUCAUGGCACCACACCUUUCUCAAGCGUGUAGCUGAUGAGACCGAGGAUGCUGGAGCUGGGCCGAGCAAGAAGAGAGGAAGGAUCGCAUAA